AUGCCGCGGAGAAGCAGUAGGCUGCAAGAACGAGCGUGCUUGCAAGGCGCUGCCGCCCAGCAGGGCGUGCGAACUGGCAGCAAUGCUGGCGAAAGUGCGGUACAAAGAAGAGGCGAAAGCGACGAAGAAAAGGUCGAGGAGGCAAGGGAAGUGAGAGAAGCUCGAGAUGCUCGCAACGAGCUCCGCACACCUACCCGCACGCGACGAGACAUUGAGCAGGUGUCGCCGUACUUUGAGCGCAAGGGCAAGCCCGCUGCUGAGACCAAGCAGCAAAAAGGCUCUUCGCACACGAGCAAGAGACGCAGAGUGCAGGUGCCGCUCAGUCGUGACAGAGAAAUUGCCUUCUUGAACGCAGCGAAUCCAGACGUUGAUGAAGACGAGUCAUCGCGCGAGACCAGCCAGGGCAAGGAGCGUGCUCGGCCCAAGAGAAAUGAUUUGCAAUGGCACGGCUCGGAAGCAACGUAUCAUGAAGACAAACCGCACCGCAUACACGGCAAAUCCAGAAGCGAGUCGUUCUUUGGCAUGAUUCAGGAAAUCGUCAAGGAUGAUUCGUGGAUGGUCUUGAUCGCCACGUAAGUACCGCUCACGCUUGCUUCGCUGUGAGAAGCACGCAGUCUGGCAUGCUCACGUCGCGCCGCAUUCCACUUAGCAUGCUGCUCAACCAAACCCACGGCUCUAAAGCUGUUCCAGUCUUUUGGAAGCUUUUGCAUCAAUUUCCCACACCAGAAGCUCUGGCAAAGGCUGACCUGCGCGAGCUGACUGAUAUGAUACAGCCGAUAGGUCUGCACAACAUUCGAGCUGCUCGCCUCAAGUCCUUCAGCCAAGCUUGGCUAGAUCUGCCACCGUGGCGCGCCGAAUCGAGCAGAUGCAGAGAUCCAAAAGCUCGUGAUCGCAGACUGCCCGGGACCAGUGCAUACCCUCUCACUCCUGUUGCUCAUCUGCCAGGAGCAGGCAGGUACGCCGUCGAUUCGUGGGCCAUCUUUUGUCAUGCUGGGGGCGCGUCACAAGGCUUGGCAGAUCCGGAUGAAGCAGCACGCAGCUCCAAAGAGCUUGCAGAGGUGUUGCGAAGGAGACGAGAGGUGUCAAGAGAUGAAUAUGGCGUGAGCAGCGGCUCUAUAGCGCGGCGGAAAGAGCAUGGAUCUCUAACAUCGCAAGUAGAGACGCCACUCUGGAGAAGCAUGAUACCCUUGGAUAAAGAGCUGCGGAAUUAUUUGAAGUGGAGGUGGGCCAAAGAAGGCGUGCAAUUCGACUCCGAGCGCGGCGUGAUAGGACAGCUCGAGGAAGAGGAGUUGGCGCUGCCCCAAGAAUGA